UUAAGUUAAGCUUUUCAUUAUUAUUUUUUCCUCUGUCCGUUUGUUCUUCUCCGUAAAUCAAACAUCCUUAUUUCCACUCGUUUUUAUGUUCGUUUUGAUCUCUCUCCCACUUGUUUCUCUUUGAAAUGCCGCGACCAUGGAAGUUUUUUACACUAAUUAAAGUUGACUUGGCUCAACCCUUUCGUCAUGCUAGCGAGAAAGCAACAAUCUUUGCGUAUAUCAAAUCAUUGAUUAGCCAAAUGAAUCACAAUUAAGUGAGGAAAUAUGAUGGGAGUGUUGAAUCUCCACAGCCCACAUGAAAAGUAAACACAUCCUUUUAUGAUCAUUCAUUGCAGAAGUCUUGCAUAGAAAAGAAAAAGGGAAUCAGUACUAAUGUUUUGAACUGAUUUUUGUGGCUUCACCAACUAGUAUGCAGUGCCUGUUUCCACUUUCCAUUCAGUGUGUAACUGAGACAUUUAUGUUUCCUUGUACUCUGCAACAUGUCUACGACCAAAACCAUCAUCUCUCAUUUAUUGCAUUCAUAAUCUUUAAUUGAUCCCAAUAAAUAAAGCAAGUAAGCAACUGUACUCCACCUAUUCAGCUCAUAACCGUGUUUUGGAAAGUAAUCCAAACACUUUCGUUAUGUUAAAUAUGUAUCCAUCCAUCAUACACGUGUGUUGCCCCUAUCAGUCUCUACUAUAGGACUGCUUCCUCAUUCGCAUAGCAACACAUCUUUUUAUGUUUUCAUCACUUUCUUCCUCCUCUUGGCUAUGCGAUCUUGUUUGUUCUGCUGAUUCUGACAUCUCUGCUUUGCACGACAUCGUUUGGGAUUAAUGUCAAGAAAAGGUGGGACAAAGUGACAAACAAGUAUGAUAUGUCCGCUAUAAAACAGUGAAAUUCAAGGGGACUAGACCAUAAAACAAGGAUUAAGCCAUGUAUAGAUCAUUUCUGAAAUGUGAUGAUCCAAAAGGAGUUGUGGGAUGUGGGACAAUCAGGAAAUACAGAACUCGUUCUCACAAAGUGAAGGACAAGACAAAAAUGCAGAAGACAAGUGAAAUAAUGGAAACAUCCUUGAUCUACAAGAGAUACAAAGAGGAGAAGAAGGUCGCCAAAGAAUGCGAUGGAAAUCUCGUUGGUCCAUCAUCUUUGCAGCUCACAAAGGUCUCCGAAGAGGAUCAUAGCUUGAAAAAUAUGCUAGAUUCAUGGUCUAGAGAUAUUAUAUGUGAAGGAAAGUCGGAAGAUAUAGCAAAAGGUAUUUUAAAAGGGGCUCUUGGUCUGCAAGAUUCUCUAAGCAUGCUUCGCAAGUUGCAAGAGGAGGCCGCACAACAACAUACAGCUCCUUUUGUGAGAAAACAGACUGAGAAACCAGAAAGAGACAGAAUUGAUGAAAACAAGAUUGGUAUAAGGCAGGCUAAUCCAUUAGGUGAACAAAGUAAUACAAAGGGGUUUCAAAGACCACAGCUUUCUGCUGGUGGUUCUUCAAUUAACUGCAAAGAGGAACUUAAGAAGGUGAUUAAGGAGAGUUUGGUUAGGCAAAAUAUGUUUCCAAAGACCUCUGACGGAUUUAAUUCAGCUUCAGAAACUUUUCGUAUAAGCACAAGCCAAUGUUCUGGGGUCAAGACUGACAGCCUUUUUGAUCCUUCUUUAUCAGUAAUUGCUUCAAGGAUUGAAAAAGGACCUAGCCUAGUUUUCAAGCUGAUGGGUUUAGAAGAAGGCCCCUCAAAAUCAUUUCCAGCUGCUAAGCAAAAACUAUUGGGUGGUGAGAUAGAUAAGUCAAAGGUCAGAAACAAUGAUUCUACAGCUGAGAAGGUUAAUCCAGAACUAAAAGUCGUGAGGGAAACUCUUGAGACUACGCAUUUCAAAGGUAUUUUUAAGGAGAAUUUUGUGAAAGAUUCUAAGCUUCAUGUGCAUCAUCAUUUCAAUGACACCAGUUCCAAGCAGUUUGUUGAUUUAUCUCACAUUUCACCUACGGAACCUCAAUGUACAAUUUACCAACAAUCAGAAAAAAGUGCCUAUAUUCCAGUUCUUCCAAAGGAGUUGACAAAACUGAGAAGAGAAAUACUCUCUUCCAAAACUAUCAAACAUAGAAAAGGUUCCAGUUCCACCAACAUGGGAAAAGGAAUGGAAAAGGGUAUUAGGAAACGGCUUAAGAAAGAGGGAGAACCAAAAUUUCUCAAAGAGGUUAUUAAAGUGGAUGCAAAAGGAAGCAGUCCUGUUGAAGAAUAUGCGGGUAAGGUAAAACUGUAUUGUCACAUUGGUCAUACAUCACAUGUAAAUGAGACAAUUGAUAGAAAAUGGAAGGUACGGCCCAUUAGCAGAAAACAGACAGAAAAGGAUAUCUCACAACCAACAAUUGUGGCAGAACAUCAGUACAAACGAGAAAUCCCCUCCACAAAAUUGAGGAAGCUGAAAAGUGGAUCCAGAAUCGACAAGAAUGAGAUUUCCUGCCUAAAGAGUAGAGGUUCAAACAACAUCUCCACUAAAAAAACUACGAAUUCCAAGGACGUCAAAGUUGAGAAUAAAAAAGUUAAUUCCGUGGUAGAUUCCUUAACAGGUAGAAAGAAUCAAAUGAAAAAACAAAGCCCUGUUGCUGAGCCAGAACUGGCUAAACUAAAUGUUGAACAAACCAGGCAGAGAGAAAAGAAGAAAAAUUACCCCGAGAUUAGAAUCUCCACUAGACUAGAAAAUGAGCUCCUGAUGGUGUGUGAAGCAGAUGCCUUCAUAAAUAAGAUUGGAGAAACUGAAUAUAAAAAUGAUGAUAUCAAUGCUUAUAGCGUCGACGCUGACAGAGAAGGGACAGAGCUGAAACAUUUUCUUCUAACGAGUCCAUCAUUCAUAGGACAUGCAAAGAAGCUCUUCAAUCUUGAUGUGGAUCAUCACAACACCCUAGAAAAGGAUGAAACCAUUUACAGCAUGACAAACAUGAGGCUUUACUUGGAUUGCGCUUAUGAACUGACAGAACGUAAAAGUCUUCAAGACUCCGAAGUCGUUCGUUCUCUCUUGCUGGCAUGUGGGGGAAACUCAAGAUUACGCAUCUCCUUAUGCAAGUUGGUGGAAGAAAUCUGUGAUGGCAUUGAGAAUCUGAAAUUUUACAGAGAAGAUUAUGCUUGUAGAGAGGAAGAUUUUGCGUACAAUGACACAUUUGCAAUGAUGGAGAAAGACAUGAAGUGCAAGGAAGAGAUAAAUGGAAUGUGGGAAAGUGGUUGGAGAACAGGCUUUUGUGCAGAUGAGGCUCAACUGGUAGUCAAUAAAAUAGAGAGCCUCCUUAUAAGUGGAUUAAUUGAGGACCUUGUGAUCAAUUUAUUAGCUUAAUUGAAUUUUUACUCAAAUAAUUAGGAAAAAUUAUUGUCUAAUUUUAAUACCUUUUUCCUUUCACAAACUUUUCAUUUCUCUUUAUAUUCUUAUUUGCUAAAUAUUGUCUUUUUAAUAUUUUCAAGUAUCAGUUUUGCGUAUUAGUAUGA